AUGGCACCCAUCCCCGUAACAAUAGUAACGGGCUUCCUGGGCUCCGGUAAAACAACUCUCCUCCUAAACCUCAUCCCCCAACUCCCGAAAUCCUACCGCCUCGCCCUCCUCAAAAACGAAUACGGCGACGUCGCCAUCGACUCCCAACUCGCCUCUACCCAAUCAAUCUCCGGCGUCCGCGAACUCCUCAACGGCUGCAUCUGCUGCAAUCUCGUCGGGCAGCUCGGCGAUGCGCUAAACCAGCUCCGCGAAACGGUUCAACCGGAUCGUAUCGUCAUCGAGACCUCCGGUAGCGCGUUUCCUGCGACGCUGGCGAUGGAGGUUAAUCGGUUAUCGCGCGAAGAGUCAGAUGAGGGAGAAGGUUUUGUGCUGGAUGGGGUGAUUAGUGUGAUUGAUGUGGAGAAUUGGGAGGGGUAUGAGGAUACGAGUUAUACGGCGAAGUUGCAGGCGAAGUAUACGGAUUUGAUUAUUUUUAAUAAGUGGGAGGGGGUUGGGGAGAGGAGGUUUGAUACUUGUCUUGACAGGGUGGGGGAUUUGGAGGUUGAGACGCCGUAUGUUAAGUCGGAUCGGGGGAGGGUGGAUAAGGAUGUGCUGUUGGGGAUUGAUGGGGCGAUGUUUGCGAAGGAGAAUGCGGAUGUGGCUUUGGGGCAGGCGCAUCAUGACCAUGAGGAUGGGCAUGAGCACCAGCAUAAUCAUCAGUCCGAGGUCGAAGUGCUCUCCGUAACACUCAAGUCAGACCAGACUGUCAACGUCCCCUCGCUUGAACAACUCCUCUCUUCCGCAUCGAAAGAAGAAGUCUACCGCAUCAAGGGCAUCCUCCGCUGUUCGACGAGCGCUCCACCAGCAGAAUCAUCCGAAAAUCUCAACGAGCCCAGACCGACACCCCAGCCAGACUCUCCUCCGUCUCAGUAUUACAUCCUCAACUGGGCCUUUGGGCGCUGGACAUUCACGCCGUCCGCUGUGGUUGCCGAAUCCGCAGACCCAAGCGUGGCCGCCCGUCUGACAUUCAUCCUCGCGCGGUACGAAUCUGGGAAGUGGAAGAAGAAGCUGGAAGCUGGGGGUCUUGUGCAGGCUGAGGGGGCUGAGUUGUCGGUUGAGCGACUUGUUUAG